GGUACCAGUUCAUGCCCCGGUCCAUUUAUGACGUGUUUCAAGACUACACAGAAAUGUUGGAGGGAAUUUUUCAUAGAAGUGUUGAACUUUUUCUGGAGUUAUACUGCAUCUGCCUCUAAGAUUCGCCAUUGCGCCGCAUUAUAUGAUCUGUUAGACAAGGGAUGUUUUGUAACGAGGCCAGGUUGUUGCCAAUUCUGCUUGUGACUCCCCGCUUGAUCUUUCCCCCUAUCAUUCUUCUCUAUCCUGGCCUUUUGGUCUCUCCCAUUGUUCAUUACGCCAUAUCACUACAUUACAUGGCACUUCUAAAUUCCGACAAAAUGCAAUAUGCACAAGGUUCAUUGGGUGAUCUUUCGGGGCAGCAGCAUUAUCAUUAUUCUCUUCACCUAGUGUACAUUCUACUGGCAUAUAUCAUUUUCCUCUUCGAAGCAUGCUUGUCUCUCACGAUCUGUGCUUGUCUUCUAAUUCUAGUCUACUAGCCUGCAGCCAACAGUCAAUAUGGUGUUGGGGGUUACGCUCCUAGCUCGUUUGCCAUAUUUAUAGGUUUGUGU